CAGUUGCCGGUUACACAUUUAACACAUAUUGUAUUAGAGCUCUGAACGAAGUAUUGUCUCCGUUGAGUGUUGGUCGUUUAUAAAGUGAUAACUGCUAACGAUUCUUUCUAGUCAGCGGUCGUUAGUCGGUGCACGUCGUGUUGUCUCGGUUCUGUAUUAUAUUCAUUGUGAACAAUUCGAUUUUAAGUUUUUCUUGUGUGGCGUUAAUCGCCGAAAGGAUUUACACGUUCUACUUUUUGAAGUAUUGUGUGAAUCAUUGUAUGUAGUAGAAGGUAUAUCGACAUAGUUGAUAAACUUCAACCAGAUGGGAGUUCAAGCAAGAAGUAAGACCGAUACAGCGGCCAGGCUGCCUGUUGAAAAUGACAUAAAGGAAGUUGACCUAUAUGAUGAGCCCCUUAAACCUCAGGGCACAGCUCAAAAAAGGGAAAUUAUAUGGCCAACAACUAUAUAUUUUAUUGUGUUUCACACAUUAGCUGCUAUAGCUGUGAUUUUCUUCUUGAAAAAUGUCAAAUUCUUGACUAUUAUUUGGUCUCUCCUAGUUGGAUUCAUUGGACAAUUUGGUGUAACAGCUGGAGUACAUAGAUACUAUACACACAAAUCUUAUAAAGCCAAAAUACCUCUUCAAAUAAUACUUUUGGCUUGUUACUCAGUUGCUGGACAGUACAGAGUUGUAGAUUGGGUUCAUGAUCAUAGAUUACAUCAUAAGUUUAGCGAUACUGAUGGUGAUCCACACAAUGCUAGUCGAGGUCUAUUUUUUUCCCAUAUUGGAUGGUUAAUGCAAAGGGGACAUCCUGAAGUUGAACGCCGUAGCAAGACUAUUGAUAUGUCCGACAUUGAUAAUGAUCCUUUAGUACAAUUUCAUACAAAGUUUUAUUGGUUCUUCAAGAUAACCAUGUGUUUUAUAAUCCCAAUUAUUGUACCAGUAUACUUGUGGAAUGAAAAUUGGAUCGAGUCAAUAUUUGUUGCUGGAGCUUUAAGAUUUGUUAUUUUUACCAAUAUGACUUUCUCUAUUAAUAGUAUUGCUCAUUUUUUCGGAACCAAACCUUACGACAAACGUAUCAAGUCUGCACAAAAUAUGGCUUUGUCUUUUUUGACCACUGGUGAAGGUUGGCAUAACUAUCAUCAUGCAUUCCCAUGGGAUUACAGAGCUGAAGAAUAUGGGGGUAACAUGACUAAUGCUACAACAAUAGUUUUGGAUUGGUUUGCUAAAAUUGGAUGGGCAUAUGAUCGUAAGACCCCAUCAUCAGAUCUCAUUAGAAGAGUAGCUACCACUCAUGGAGAUGGCAGUUGGCAAGAAGUGCCAGUUACAGAAGCUAAAUGCAAUUAGAUUACUAUCAUUACUAAUGCAUUUUUUUCUAAUUAAAAAGACUUUAAAAACUUAUAAAUGCCUUCAUAGAAUGUUAUUUAUUAUCAAUUGAUAAUUACAAAGACUAUAGAUUCAUUUUUUUACAUCUAUUAAUGAUGCGAUUUGCUAUUAGUAUCUAAUAUGUCGGUAGUUUUGAGUUAAUUUUUAAUU